AGAGCCGGUUUCACCACACUUCACAGAGACUGAAAAACAAGCCAUGCGCCAGGAUGAAGAGUUGACGGGUGAGCUUGCUCCCUCGCAGUGACGCUACGACCGGGCGCUAUGAGGCUGGCCGCACUGCUACUCCUGCUGUUGGGCUCGUCGUACGGAGCGGUCACACAGGUGUCCCUUGUCAAUGCAGAUGUAGAGGAGGAAGCGGAGGAAGGCAGUGGUGUGGAGCCAGAGAUUGUGGCUGAUACCUACUGGUCAGGCACUGCUCCGGUGUGUGUGGGAGGAUGCAAGGGAAGACAUCGCGAGCUCAAGAGGGAUCCCUGUGGCAACUCCGACUGCUGCUGGUUUGGAUACAAAUCCUUGUGCCGAGUGAACUGUGGUCAGCCUGAUGUGGACGUCAAUGGCUUCGUCUAUGGGAAUGACUGGUGGGUGGACUCCGUGGUGCGGUACGUCUGCCGACCCGGCUUCAUGCUCAUCGGUGACCCUGCGCGGGCCUGCCAGUCAAACGGGAAGUGGACGGCCAAACCCUCCUGCCUCAGGGUUUGUAGGCGCGGGCGAGUGGAGGUGAGCGAGCGGGAGCUGGACGGGUCCUGCACCUCCUCCUGCGCCACCAAGUCCUACGAGGGGGAGCCCAAGCGGGGCUGCAGCCGCAUCACCAACUGCCAGAAGAAGGAGUCGGGCUGGAAGCGCUGGUUCACCCGCUGCGACACCUGCCAGUGUGACUGCUUCAUCUCCUGUGCGGGAUAGAGGAUGGAUCACUGUCACCACUUUAAAAACGAUACAGUUUGACUCUGUUUACAAGCAACACAGACUAUAAAAUGGGCAAAGCCUGGCUUGACUACUGC